UGGUUUCCAUCCUCGGAUCACCGAACGCACUCCUCAAAUUUCCUUUAAAUCUGACCCUCACUUUACCAAUUUCUUCCCAAAUCUUCAGACAUUGCAAUCAGAAAUUCGUCUUGUCGCUGUCUCUGUUCUUCAAUCUGAUCUUCUUUUGCUUCGAUUCGCUUUCUUCUCUCUAUGUUGAUACUAAAUUUAUCUUUCGACGGGCCUCGGAUUCAUUUCUAGGGUUAGGGUUUUCAGGUCCUCAAUAAUUCUGCUUUUUCAAACCGGAGUUUUCGUUCGAUCUCUAAAUCUAGGUGUGUAUAUUUAUUUUUUUGUAGGGUCGAUUCAUCUGGGUUGGUCUAAAUUAUUUGAUUUUAAAGUUUUGGAAAUUAUCGUUCUAUGGAAUUUGUUUUCGAUUCAAUUUGUAUACAGGGAGUGACGUCGUUGAAUUUGUUCUGAUUCCUGGGAAAGGGUGUUUAAUUUUCAUAAAAAUUAGGGAUUUAGAAUUUUGAUUUUGUGAAUUGAAUUUGUACAUUGUAACUUCAUCGUCCCCUCGCCGAUCCUGUGAAUUUAUCGAUUUUCCGUCGGCAAUUAUUUAGGUAAAAGAAAAUGAUUCAAAAAAGGCCUUUUGUUGAUGAUGAUUCUUAUGAGCUUGCUUGCAAGCACCCUAGACACCUGGAACACAUUGAUCAACUUACUCUAAUUGCUUCUCUUAAUGAUUCUCACCCAAAAACAACUACUUCAGAUGGUGGUAACAGUCUCAGUAGCUGUCAAACUGUUGGGAGGUCUUCAUACGAGCCAGUGAUAGCGGUCUCAGAUGACAACAACAACUUUGAAAGUGGUGCUUCUGGCUGUUUUCCCCAUUUUCUAUGGAUUGACAAUGGAAUUCUUGAAACAGAUAAUCUCUCAUUUUUCCCAGAGUAUUUUGAUCACGGACACCAGCUAAGGGCUUUACUUCAGCCUGAUGAGGUGUUCUCAUCUUUUGACUAUCCUUUAUGGAAGCCAGUUUCAAUUGGUCCAGAGCAUCAAGCUAUUGUUCCAGAGUGGGAAGGUCCAACCACCUCUUCUAAUCAGCUGGACAAGUCCAAUCCUCAAGUUUGGCGUGCAAAAUCAUCCAAACCCGGUAUCAUAGUUGAUGAUGGUUACGAGGAGAGGAUGAUGGGUGUUUGUGUUGUUCCUAUGCCUGAUUUGGAAGCAUAUGUAACCCAUUGCUGUCAGGACAUCACAACUGUCUGUAGUUGCCUUGAUCAGGGAUCUAUUGAAUGUGUAAAACAGCACAUUGUGGAAGUUAGGCAGAAACUUAGGGACGACCUUGGGGAGGAAAAAUUUGAGGCGCUGGGUUUUUAUGAUAUGGGGGAAGAGGUAGCAAAGAAAUGGACCGAAGAGGAGGAGCAAGUCUUCCAUGAUGUUGUCCUAUCAAAUCCCGCUUCACUGGGCAAGAACUUUUGGGACCAUCUGGCUGUAGCAUUCCCUUCCCGAACAAAAAGGGAACUGGUCAGUUAUUAUUUCAAUGUAUUCAUACUUCGGAUACGUUCUGAGCAGAAUAGGUUAGAACCACUAGACAUUGACAGUGAUAAUGAUGAGUGGCAAAGAAGUGAAGGUGGAAUGGAAGAGGGAGAUGAGGAUUCUGCAGUGGAAUCUCUGAGUGGAAAAGAUGCCCCAGCUUAUUAUCAGGAGGAUCAUGUAGAUGAUUGUAAUGAACACAUUGAGGAUGAGUAUGAGGAUGAAAUUGAUGCUUCCAAAGAGAGCGCUGAUGACGAUGUUCAGAUACAUGCAACUGAUGAGGAGUAUGAGGGAGAUGUAGAUGAUAUUGCAGAAGCACAUGCUAGUAAUUCUAUCAAUGUUGGCGGUGGUAAUGGUGGCUUUGAAAUUUUCAAAGGGAUUCCCAGUAACAAGAGGGAUGACUUUGAUAUUGAAGAUGAUUCAUGUACAUCAUAUGAGUAUCAGAGAGACAAUGUUGAUUCCCGUGGCCCUCUUGAUGUUGUAACUGAUGGGAGACACUCUGGUCAAUGAGUGAUCCAAUUAGGGAGCAGGCUAUUGAUGGUCGGCGAGAGGAUGCUGGGGAUGUGUACAAUUAAUUUCCUUGCUAUUAUGCUUGGACAUACUAUCCUUUGCGAAGGAAUUGAUGCUCACACAUCCACAAUUUUAUGGAAGGGGCUUCGUGAAAGCUAACUGGGCUACUUUUUGCUGCCAAAUUAUGUUGGAAUUUUCACGGGUGGGCCAAAGGAACUCUCAAUGGAAAUUCACCAAGCUGCAGUUUGCUAAUCUGUUUGGCAUUACCUGAAUAUUUUUUUUCAAUCAUUUAGAUCAGUCUUCUGGAAGCAAGUAUCCUUCAAAGUGGAAAACUCGAUCAGGAGGCCACGGGAGUAAGUUGCAUCUCAAAGAGGUUCACAUUUCCCCUUCACAUGUUCUUUGGUGUUUUCAACGUCAACGUUGAUCCAAUAUCUCAUUCCCUUUUAUCCUCUAUUUCUGGAAAUAUGAUGCCAAAUUGCCAAUGUAACAGGUUGGCAGUGGCAUUCUUUAAAAAGAAAAGUUGGCAGUGGCGAUAAGAUGAUUUCUUUCUUUUUCUUUUAAUUCUUUUUUUUUAAUAGGAAAAUUUUGUUAGCUUUUGCUUAUUAUAAGCAUGAGGGAUUUGGAGUCUCGUCUCCUAAUGUGUAAUUUGUUCCUAUUUGAACUAAAAUUGCUAGUGAAGAGAAGAGAAACACUGCACAAGGAUUUAUUGGCAAUUUCAUGUACUAUACUAUUUAAUAGUUGUAUGAAUUAGGGCUGAUGCCUUUAUAUGUUAUUUGAUUUUAUUUAUAA